GGGAGCGGUCAAGGGGCCGCGCAGGCCCGGAGGACGCCCCGGCCCCUGCUCCGAACCGGAGCGGCAGACACGGCACGGUGGGACGAUGGGGAGCUGCAGGCUGCCGCUGCUGCUGCUGGGCGCUGCGUUGCCGUUUCUACGACCAGCGGAGUCGGCAGACGCCGUUAGCGCCGAGCGGAGCCUGGCGUGGGGCCCCGGGCUGGAGGCGGGGCUCACCCUGCCCGUCCGGUACUUCUACAUCCAGGCGGUCAGCGUGGCCGGACGCAACUUCUCCCGCUCCCCGCCAGGAAGAACCCAGUUUAAAGUGGUAAUUAAAACACUUUCUCCCAAAGAGGUGACCAGAAUUUACACUCCUCGCCCUUUGGAUAGGAAUGAUGGGACAUUUCUUAUGAGGUAUCGGAUGUAUGGGAGUGUCAGAAAAGGGUUGAAAAUUGAGAUCCUUUAUGGUGAUCAGCAUGUAGCUCAGUCUCCUUAUAUUUUGGAAGGACCUGUUUAUCAUGAAUAUUGUGACUGUCCCGAAGAAGAUCCUGAGAUCUGGCAGAACAUUAUGUCUUGUCCAGCCCAAGAACCUCAGAUUACAAAGGACUUCAUUCCUUUUCCCACCAUUGACCUGCAGCGAAUGCUUAAGGAGAUCUCAACAAAGUUCAGUGAGACAAGAGGUGCUAUAGUUCAUUACACUGUUCUCAAUAAUCGCAUCUACCGUCGCUCCUUGGGGAAGUAUACGGACUUCAAAAUGUUCUCCGACGAAAUGUUGCUGUCACUGGCAAGAAAGGUUCACCUUCCUGAUGUAGAAUUUUACCUUAAUGUUGGAGAUUGGCCAGUUGAGUAUCGGAAAGCUAAUGAUACACCUGGUCCUCUACCUGUCAUUUCAUGGUGUGGCUCUGUAGAUUCAAGAGACAUAGUCCUUCCAACGUAUGACGUAACCCACUCAACUCUUGAAACCCUACGAGGAGUCACAAAUGAUCUCCUUUCUAUUCAAGGAAAUACAGGUCCAUCCUGGGAAAACAAAACUGAGCGAGCUUUAUUUAGGGGUCGAGACAGCCGAGAGGAACGUCUCCAUCUUGUCCAGUUAUCCAAGGAAAACCCAGAACUACUAGAUGCUGGAAUAACAGGAUAUUUCUUCUUCAGAGAAAAAGAGAAAGAGCUGGGGAAGGUUCAGCUGAUGGGCUUCUUUGACUUCUUUAAGUACAAAUACCAAGUGAACGUAGAUGGGACUGUAGCAGCUUACAGGUUUCCAUACCUCUUGCUGGGUGACAGCCUGGUAUUGAAGCAAGAUUCCCACUACUAUGAACAUUUUUAUAUUGGAUUAAAACCUUGGAAACAUUAUGUUCCAGUUAACAGAAACUUAGAGGAUUUGCUAGAGAAAAUAAAAUGGGCAAAGGCAAAUGAUGAAGAAGCAAGAAAAAUUGCUAAAGAAGGACAAUUAAUGGCUAGAGAAUUACUUCAGCCUCACAGGUUUUACUGCUACUAUUACAAAGUGCUCCAGAAAUAUGCUAAACGCCAAGCCAGCAAACCUGAAAUACGGGAUGGAAUGGAACUUGUGCCUCAGCCUGAUGACAGAGACUCAGUAUGCAGCUGCCACAGGAAAAAGCCUUUGAGGGAAGAUCUAUAACUGUACCGGAUGGAGAAAAUCGCCCACUUACAAUGCAGGAGUUUAAAUAGGAAUUAAGCUGUGAAAUCUAAGACACUUAUGCACUAGCAAACUUUCUUAGUUAUGUAGUCUCCUUGUAUUUACAUAUCUUUCUUCACGCUGACUCUGGUGUACAGUGUUGGUUCCCACAAUUUUGUCUCCAUGACCACCACCAGACAGAUACUGAGCCUGUAAAUGGGAGUGUCUAGGGGAUUUGUUUGAUGUACCACAUCAUCAUCGGGAAGAAGACUGCAGCGCUGCGCAUGUUCCAGCUGGGACCUAGUUAGCAAAGUUUUACGAGGAACCAGUCAUCUAUGAAAGGUCUUCCAUGAGUCAGUGCAAGGUAUUCUAAAGGAGCAUUUGCAACAUACUAAAACAGUGUUAUGAUUUCCUCAUAAAGCUUACCUCAGUGUUAGAUUGUUUAUUGUAUACAAAACAAUUUUCCAACUAGACAAAGAAAAUGAGUAUUUGAGAUGUGCAGAUACCGAAUCUGGUGUUGCUUUGAGAUCAUGUUGUGGUCUGUGACAGAUAACAGAAUGCAGGACAGGAUAAAAUAAUUGUCCAUUUCAGAAGAAAAUGGAGAGGAGAAGAGGUCAGAAAAAUAUUCUCGUAAGCACCAUGGCUGUGAACCACCAAAAUUCAGUGCUGCUUUAAAGCAGACUCUACCUACCACAAUCACAGUGCUUUGAGUGCCAAGACAGCACUCUGAAGACCUGUUCCCUGCCAGUGAACAUAUCUGUGAGUAUCUGCACAGAUCCACAAAAGGACUUGGGACCUUCAGGUAAGGCCAGGUGAAACAGUCUCUCAGCUCAACAAUACAGUCUUACAGUAUUCUAGGGUGUUUGGAUAUUCACACAUCUGAAACCUGUUACCAGAGUUUUAGACUGUCUAGGUUUAACUGCUAUGCAGAGACAAGGAUGCCAUCAUCUUUAUCACAUGGGUUCAUGAACUACUUUUGCUUAUGCCUUAGUCCCUGGAGGGAUCUUAACUGUUUUCAGAAUUUAGAUCAUACUUAACCUUAUACUGAGAUCAGCCAGCAGAUGAGACUGCAUUGUUUUAGUUCAAACAUAUGACAGAACAACCUAUGCUGCACUUUCUAUGUAACAGACUAAUGAUUAGAGACCAUACUAAGCAACUGGGAAGCCAGUUGUCUUCCUUGGUUUGAUUCAAAACCAUUUUUCCAGAGUGCCGUACCUCCAGACUGGAGAAGAGAUCUUCAGAUCUUCCAGUGAAGUACAGCCAUGAAGUUAGCAAUACAAAAUUCACAGGGCCAGGAGCUGGUCACGUCAUUGCAAUAAAUUUUGUCUUUGGGUGGGGCAGAGGAAAAACCCUAGUGCUGGAUGUGGCUGUCUUGAUUUGUACCCAAGUUUGUCUGUUUCAAAAUCCAUAAACACUCUUGAAAGGAAACACCAAUGCCAAUACCAAGACCAGUGCCCACAAGCACCUCUGCAUUUUUGUCUUGGCUAAUGCAGCCUGUCUGAGCAGAUACACUCAGAUAAUGUCUUUCAUAAAUACCAAAUUCUCCCUACACAAAAUGGAAUGGAAAUGUCUUAAGACUGUGGACUCAUCUGUUUGUUUAGGUGCCCAAAGUUUAGUGGUCUACACCACAUGCAGGUUUCACUCUUGGCUCUACACUUCAAGUUGCUCAGAAAAUACAUGAAGUGCGAUAGGAAA